AUGCGCGAGAGAGGAUACAGAAUAUGAUACUUUAUGCAAAGUCUGUGAUGCACACGUGUAUACAAAAUGUUGCUGAUUCACAGCUGUAGCUGAUUCGACCAAUAGGGACCGACUUAUUUGUCAUUCUUCUCUCUCCCUCUCUUUCUCCGUCCUUUCUUUUUCCUGCAUCGUCUCCCACCAAUCACAAUCUGUUCGGCUUCGCUCGACACUCGACGUUCAACGUUCACGCUUCGGCUCCUUUUGCGCCAAAGGCCACGGCGUGUCGCGUGAUGUGCAAUAGUUUAAUCGUCGCGCCAAGACGGUGCAGUUGAUACCUGUACACGGACUGUGAAAUUAUGGCACCAGCGAUCAGCAAAUUCGCUACCAGACGCACGUUGGCCGGUGCGGUUGCGGUUAGCACCUUGAUUUGGAUUUUGAGAAAUCGCAGCAGGAGACGGGUGCCAAAGUCCAAAAACCAGUGGCCUGUCAGCAAUGACAUUCAAUAUAUCAUCAAGGAGGAGAAACCGAAGGUCCCCAAGGCGCAAGUAAACGCCGUCUUCUUCCGCAGAUUGUGUCAGUUACUCAAGAUUGGUAUUCCUGGCAUAAUAUCAGCAGAAUUUGGCUAUAUUCUUCUGGUGGCAGUUUCCUUGAUCGGUAGGACCCUGUGCGACUUGUGGUUGAUCAAUAAAGCAACUCUGAUAGAAACAUCAAUUGUCAGCAUGAAUGAACCAUUGUUUAGGCAAAAUUUGUUAAAGUUCCUUGCUAUAUUACCAGUGAUAUCGAUUGUGAACAAUGUAAUGAAAUAUGGCUUAAGCGAAAUAAAAUUGAGAUUGCGUACAAAUAUCACACGUAACUUGCUAGAACAAUAUCUCAAGGGCUUUACCUAUUAUAAAAUGAACAAUUUGGACACUCGUAUCGCGAAUCCAGAUCAAAUGUUGACUACUGAUAUUGAUAAGUUUUGUGAUAGCUGUACUGAUCUUUAUAGCAACAUAGCAAAACCAUUGUUAGAUAUUGGUAUCUAUGUAUAUAAAUUAACUUCUACUAUUGGUGGGCAGACGCCAUCAAUAAUACUUGGCUAUCUAGUAAUAGCCGGUACUUUUUUGACUCAUCUUCGCAAACCUGUCGGAGCAAUGACUGUCAAAGAACAACGAUUGGAAGGGGAGUAUCGUCAUAUCAAUUCGAGAUUAAUUACCAACUCGGAGGAAAUAGCCUUCUAUGGAGGAAAUAACAGAGAAAAAUUGACAUUGUUAACUAGUUUUUACAAACUUACGACUCAUCUUCGUAAAUUCUUGGAAUUCAGGGUUUUUAUGGGCAUCAUAGAUAACUUCGUUGGAAAAUAUUUUGCUACCGUAAUUGGCUUCUAUGCUGUAAGCGUACCCUUCUUCCAGAAAAAUCAUUCCGUGCUCUCUGGCACGCCCAAUCAUAGGUUUAAAUCGUAUUACAUUUACGGUCGAAUGCUGGUGAAGAUGGCCGAGGCGGUCGGCCGAUUGGUGUUGGCCGGCAGAGAACUGACGCGUUUGGCGGGAUUCACGGCUCGUGUCAUCGAGAUCAAAAAGGUUCUCGACGAUCUAAACGCUGGGAAAUAUGAGAGAACGAUGAUUUCUGAUUACAAGAACAAUGCAAUCGGUAAUCCAGGUGACGGCAAGAUUGUGCCGCGCGAUAACAUCAUACGAUUCGAUCAAGUACCAUUGAUAACUCCGAAUGGAGAUGUGCUUAUUAAGGAAUUGUCCUUCGAAGUAAAGUCUGGAGUGAAUGUGUUGGUUUGCGGACCGAACGGUUGUGGCAAGAGCUCCAUGUUUAGAAUUCUUGGUGAACUGUGGCCAGUCUGGGCAGGAACUAUUACAAAACCACCGCGCGGUAAACUAUUCUACAUACCACAACGUCCUUAUAUGACGUUGGGCACAUUGAGAGAUCAAGUCAUUUACCCCCACACGAAAGCCGAGAUGGAGAGACGCGGUAAUGCUAAUGACGAGGAUCUUAAAAAGUUCUUGGAAUUGGUGCAAUUAACCCAUCUAUUAGAAAGAGAAAAUACCACUAACAGUGAAGGACAAGGUUGGGAUUCGGUGGCCGAUUGGAUGGAUGUUUUAUCGGGCGGCGAGAAACAACGUAUAGCGAUGGCUCGGUUAUUUUAUCACAAACCGCAAUUUGCGAUUCUGGAUGAGUGCACGAGCGCUGUCAGUGUCGAUGUCGAGGAUUUCAUGUACAGUUAUUGUAGGCAAGAAAACAUUACGUUGUUUACAGUCUCGCAUCGUCGUUCUCUCUGGAAGCACCAUGAGUACUUUUUACACAUGGACGGUCGAGGAGGCUAUGAAUUCAAGCCGAUCGAACAUGAUACAAUAGAAUUUGGAUCGUGAAUUUUUGCGUCCCUUGCACACGCGAGAACGCGUCUGCAUGCAAGGGACAUUUAAUUUAGUUUAUUCAAUAACUUUAACAUUAAACUAAAUUUAAAUAACCAUGCAAAGAUUAGUGAUUAUGUAGGUACUGAUCAUAGUGAUUAUUUAUAGAUUACAUUUGUGAGUUAAAUAUAUAACGUAUAAUUCUAACAAGGUUCACAGAAUGUGAAUAUGAUACAAAUGAUGCGAUUAUUUCUAGCGUGUCAUUAAUUCUUUCAUGUAAGUAUUUGAACUUGCAGUGCACAAUGAAAUAUUUUUCUACCGAGUUUUUAUGAAAUAUAGUAAUAUAAUUCUGGAAUGCAAAUUGAAAUAUAUGAUAUCGUUAUAUAUAUAUAUACAUACACACGAUCCUUAGAUCUUUAUGCAGUGUAAUUUUGUAUAUAUAUUCCGUAAUUUCCUGUGCAUAGAUUUCCAGUUAAAAUUCGAUAAAUUAUCAGUUAGUGGUUAAUACAUUUUUUAUUUAUGAUAAAUUAUAGAAGCGAAAACUCCAUAUUAUUCGCUAAAUAAAAAUUUGUGGAAAUGU